ACCGUAUGUCGGCUUUUUUCUGAAAUAUUUUUAUGUUUGAUUUUAUAAAAGAAAAAAGAAAUUGCCAAGUCAGCAAAACGCCGCACAAACCUCAACCAAAAACCUUUCUUCCAACUUCAAUAUCAAAUCCAAUCCAAAAUUCACCAAAAACGUCGAAAACAUGGAAUUGAAUGAAGAACAACAGCAACUUCGGCGUCGAAAAUUGGAAGAAGCUCUUGAAGUCAAAUCUCUCCGUCGAAUUAUCAGCGCUUAUAUCAACUAUCCAGAUGCAGCUGAAGAUGACAUUAAGCGAUGUGAAAGUUCUUUUAGAAAGCUUUCACCUGCACAUAAGACUCUUCUUUUGCACUUGCCAUCGAAAUUCCAGAGUUUGAGAAGGUGUAUAUCGGUGAAUACAUUUUUUAUUUUAAACAUGCUUCAGGCCUUUGAGCCUCCACUAGAUAUGAGCAUGGAUGUAGAUAAUUGUGAAGAUCAGCAUCUUGAAUGUUGCCCAGAUGAGCACCAUCAUCGUCAUGAUGGGAGUUCCUUGGACAGUCAUCACAGCUCGACUGGAAUGGCGAGAUCAGCAAAAGACCCGGCAGUUUGUAAUACAGAAAAUGAUCACAUGCCAUCAGCAAGAGGAACCACAGAUACUGAUGUCGCUACAAAUGCCAUUGGUGGUCAGGAAACCGAAGGACAACUUAAAUCGGUUGAAUCAAAUGGCAAUGCAUCGUCAUCUUCUUGUGAUUGGUUGAAUUCAUCGUUGCAAUUGAAUGUGCCACUAGUUGAUGUUGACAAGGUUCGCUGCGUCAUAAGAAAUAUAGUUAGAGAUUGGGGAGCAGAGGGGCAAGUGGAGCGUGAUCAAUGCUAUCUGCCCAUUCUUGAGGAGCUUGAGAGAUUGUUUCCCAAGCGCAGUAAGGAAAGUCCUCCUUGCUGCCUGGUACCUGGUGCUGGACUUGGGAGAUUGGCAUUGGACAUUUCACGUCUUGGCUUUGUAUGCCAGGGUAAUGAAUUUUCAUACUAUAUGAUGAUAUGCUCCAGCUUUAUUCUCAACCACUCUCAAUCUGUUGGUGAAUGGACUAUAUACCCUUGGAUCCAUAGCAAUUGCAAUUCGAUUUCAGACGAGGACCAACUUCGUCCUGUUUCUAUUCCCGACAUUCUUCCUGCUAGCGUAGGAAUAACGGAAGGUUUUUCCAUGUGUGGCGGGGACUUUGUUGAAGUGUAUAGUGAUCCAGGUCAAGAAGGAAUCUGGGAUGCUGUAGUUACGUGCUUUUUCAUUGACACAGCUCAUAACAUUGUAGAGUACAUUGAAAUAAUAUGGAAAAUCCUCAAAGAUGGAGGGGUGUGGAUUAAUCUUGGACCGCUGCUUUAUCAUUUUGCGGAUACAUAUGGGCAAAACGAGAUGUCCAUAGAAUUAAGUUUAGAAGACGUGAAGAAGGUGGCUUUUCACUAUGGAUUUACUUUAGAGAAGGAAAGUACUAUCUCGACGACAUAUACAACAAAUGCUCGGUCUAUGAUGCAGAACCGGUAUUUCGCAGCAUUCUGGACCAUGAGAAAGAAAUCUGCGAACAAGUCUAGCGCGGCACCUGAUGAAUGAUCAACUUUGUUUCAGAAGGGUUUGCUGCUUAUUCUGGGCUCAAAAAGAACGUGAUCACCUUACAAGCACCUAGUCUCCCAUUUAGCAGCAAAUCAUUUCCAUCACCAGUCUAAAAGAUGGAAAAAUUUGCUGCAAUGUUAAAUAUACUUAUCUGUUAUUUAUUGCUGUGAAGUUAUUGUUUGUGGAUCGAGUGAUCCACAUUGUUGAUCAGUGGCCCAUGGCCGAUGGCCCGGGGCUUUAUAUCCCAUGGGGCCUGUUUUUGGCUCCAUUCCUUCUUGAGUAUCAAUGGCAUAUUUAGCAAUUUUUUCUUUGUAAGAGAACUAAACUAUUUUGUACUAUAAUGUUGUCCUUGCAACUUAUUAUUAGUGGAUUUUUUACGAAACUGAGCCCUAUUAGCAAACUA